AUGCGACGCGUUGUAGUAACAGGCCUUGGAGCCAUAACACCAUUAGGUGUAGGAAUCCGACCUACAUGGAGUCGUCUUCUCGCAGGAAAUUGUGGUAUAGUUUCGCUACCCACGAAUUAUUUCGAAACCUCACAACGAGAAAGUCUUCCUAGCACAAUAGCUGGUCUUGUGCCAUCUGGUAACGAUGCGAAGGAUUCAUGGCGAGCUACGGAUUGGUUAGAGAAAGGAGAAGAUUCACGAAUGGCCAAAUUUACACAAUAUGCAAUAGCAGCUACGGAAAUGGCACUCCAGGAUGCAGGAUGGAAACCACAAAAACAAGAGGAUAAAGAAUCUACUGGUGUUUGCCUUGGCAGUGGUAUUGGGGGAUUGGAUGAGCUUUAUACUGCUAGCAACAAUUAUUCUAGAAUGGGCUACAAAUCGGUAUCCCCAUUCUUCGUACCAAAACUCCUCAUAAAUCUCGCGGCGGGUCAUAUAUCAAUGAAAUAUGGAUUUGAAGGUCCGAAUCAUGCAGUUACAACCGCUUGCACAACUGGCGCGCAUGCAAUUGGCGAUGCAUCUCGAUUUAUCGCUUUUGGAGAUGCAGAUGUGAUGGUAGCUGGUGGUUCUGAGUCUUGCAUACAUCCAUUAGCUUUUGCCGGCUUUGCUAAAGCUCGUUCACUUGCUCGCAAAUAUAAUGACAACCCCGAAUCAUCAUCCCGUCCUUUCGAUCGAGAUAGAUGUGGUUUUGUUAUUGCAGAAGGUGCUGGAGUCGUUGUCUUAGAGGAAUUAGAACAUGCUAAGGCUCGCGGAGCUGAAAUAUAUGCCGAAAUACGUGGAUAUGGUUGUAGUGGUGAUGCACAUCAUAUCACUGCUCCGAAGGAAGAUGGAGCUGGCGCAUUCUUGGCGAUGAAAAGAGCUCUCAAAAAUGCUGGAAUUUCACCUCGAGAAGUUGAUUACAUUAAUGCUCAUGCUACAAGUACGCCUUUAGGUGAUGCUGCCGAAAAUGCUGCUAUCACAAGAUUGAUGCUUGGGGAGGAAGGGCUUGAUACCGCAAGUCAGAUUUCAGUCAGUAGUACUAAAGGUGCUAUUGGACAUUUGCUAGGUGCAGCUGGUGCAGUGGAAGCUAUUUUUUCAAUCUUGGCUGUGAAAGAGAACAUACUUCCACCCACACUCAAUCUAUACAAUCCAGAUGAGAACAUGAAUUGCAAUUAUGUCCCUUUCUCGACACAAGAAAAAGAAGUCAAGGUUUCAGUAUCUAAUAGCUUUGGCUUUGGUGGUACGAAUGCUUCACUCGCCUUCUCAAAGUACAGCUGA